AUGGAGUUUGAACAUCGUAUCAAGGCAUACAGAUUUGUUGCCUAUUCGGCUGUCGCUUUUUCGGUUGUGGCUGUUUUGUCGGUUUGUGUCACUCUUCCAAUGGUGUACAAUUAUGUUCAUCAUAUCAAGAGAAGUAUGCAUCAGGAAGUUCAAUUCUGUCGGGUAAGUUGGUCUAACCGUACAAAUUUCCAAUCUUAAAUUUUAGGGAUCAGCCAAAGAAAUUUGGUCUGAGGUUAGCUCAUUGAAAACCGCUGGAAACAGAACUGCCCGUCAAGCUGGCUAUGAUGCUGGAAUCAACGGAGGAUCGGCUACCGCUGGAGGAUCUUGCGAUGAUUGUUGUUUGCCAGGAGCAGCUGGGCCAGCUGGAAAUCCAGGAAACCCGGGAAGACCAGGAAAGCCUGGAGCACCAGGACUUCCAGGAAAUCCAGGUCGUCCAAAUACCCAACCAUGUGAAGCUGUCACUCCACCACCUUGCCAAACUUGCCCAGCAGGCCCACCGGGACCACCAGGGCCACCAGGACCAGCUGGAGAUAUUGGAGCUAACGGAAACCCAGGAUUCCCAGGACAAGAUGGAGCUCCAGGACAACCAGGAAACAAGGGACCAGCUGGGCCAAAUGGAAAUCCAGGUUCACCAGGAGGACCAGGACAACCUGGACAAGACGCGCCAUUCGAGCCAUCAAGCCCAGGAUUGCCAGGACCACCAGGCCCACAAGGACCACAAGGACCAUCAGGACAACCUGGACAACCAGGAGGAGAUGGACAACCAGGAGCACCUGGACCAAAAGGACCAAAUGGAAACCCAGGAACACCAGGACAAGACGGUAAUCCAGGAGGACCGGGACAAGCUGGAACUCCAGGAAACACUGGAGAGAAGGGAAUCUGUCCAAAAUACUGUGCUAUCGAUGGAGGAGUUUUCUUCGAAGACGGAUCUCGUCGUUAA